UCUGUCUCGGUCGCUGGAGAACACAAACUUGGAGAGAGCCUCGAAGCCCAUCCCGCAAUGCAGCCUCUCCCCUUCUUCAACCUCCGUCCACCUCCGCCACUCACGGUGCCUCACUGUCACUCUCGGAGCGAGCCCGCGGCCGACGGGUCACCGACGCCGCCCAGGCAACGAAGGCCGGAGAUGGUGGGUGGUCGGGGGAGACUCAGCGGACGACCCCAGAGAACGCAGUUCGACCGCAGGCGGGAGAGAGUCUCGACCCGUCCGACAUCGGAUGGCUCCGGCGACGAGAAUGAUGACCACACCGACGAUGCUCCUCCUUGGCGGCUUCCCUCCGUUCAGAACCGCGCUUUCGAGGAGUACUACAGAGAACAAGGGAUAGUUUCAGCAGAUGAGUGGGAUGCUUUCAUGGAGUAUCUCCGGAAGCCGUUGCCGGCUACCUUCAGAAUCAAUUCUUGUAGCCGAUUCUGUUUUGAUAUCCGCUUUCAGUUGGAGAGUGAAUUCUCAAAUAAUCUUCAGGCAGAGUUCAUUGAUGGAAAUGAAGUAGAGGCUGUCAGACCAUUGCCUUGGUAUCCUGACAAUCUAGCAUGGCAAUCAAAUUUCUGUCGAAAGCAAUUGAGGAAGAACCCAAACCUUGAAAGGUUUCAUGAGUUUUUAAAGCUAGAAAAUGAAAUUGGAAACAUCACUCGACAGGAGGCAGUUAGCAUGGUACCUCCUCUUUUACUGGAUUUAUCUCCGGAGCAUUUCGUACUUGAUAUGUGUGCUGCACCUGGCUCAAAAACUUAUCAAAUGCUUGAAAUUAUGAAUCAGUCUGUCAAUUCAAGAUUGCUACCUGAGGGGCUGAUAGUGGCAAAUGAUGUUGGUUUCAAAAGAUCUGAUGUUCUUAUUCACAAAAUGAAAAGAAUGUGCACUGCCAACUUAAUGGUCACAAACCAUGAAGCUCAAAAUUUCCCAGGCUGCCUUACAAGCACAAGUCAUUCUAAUGCUUCUGAAAAGGGUAGCCUAUCGGAGUGGGAAAUCAGUCAAACCUUAUUUGAUCGUGUCCUAUGUGAUGUGCCAUGCAGUGGAGAUGGUACACUUAGGAAAGCUCCAAAUAUUUGGUGGAGAUGGAAGGCAGGAAUUGCCAAUGGACUUCAUGGCCUACAAGUGCAGAUAGCCAUGCGAGGAAUAUCAUUACUUAAAGUCGAUGGCCGUAUGGUCUACUCAACCUGCUCCAUGAAUCCGGUUGAGAAUGAGGCGGUGGUUGCGGAGAUCCUAAGAAGGUGUGGUGACUCAGUUGAACUUGUUGACGUUUCCAGUGAGCUCCCCCAGCUUGUUCGCCGCCCUGGCCUUCGAAAAUGGAAGGUACGUGACAAGUUUUCUUGGUUUUGUUCCUUCCUUGAUGUUCCUGAAGCUCGCAGGGGUGGAGUUGCUUCCAGUAUGUUUCCUUCUGGUAAAACACAUACGGAUGAGGCAAUUGGACGAGAGUUUAGUGACAAUAAAAAUUCUGAAAAUGGGUUUUGGCUGGUGGAGAAUCGCCUCACCACUGAUACUGAAAUUUCUGAUUUUCCUUUGGAACGCUGUAUGAGAAUAAUGCCUCAUGAUCAGAAUGGGGGUGCCUUCUUCAUUGCUGUGUUCCGAAAACUUGCUGCCUCACCAGCCAUACAUGUAGAACCAACAAGUUCACAAGGAACACUAUUCACUGAAAACACCGGGAAGCUAAAAAAAUUUCCAUAUCAGGUCCUUCAAGAGAGUUUGCAACUUGGAGUAUUUCCGAAAUCAGUUUUGGAGACUGAUUUCACUGAUGGCCCUGAUAAGUCUUCUCUCAAGUCUGGCCAUUGUAAUACUUGCAUGGAGCAGAACCCUCCAAAGAUCAAGGCUUCUAAUGACCAAGAAAAAGCAGAAGAUAAAAGAAUGUUCCAGAACCAAAGCAAGUGGAAUGGAGUUGAUCCGAUUGUUUUCUUAAAAGAUGAAGUCGUUAUCAACAGUAUCAGGACAUUUUAUGGUAUUGAUGAGUCAUUCACAUUGAGUGGCCACCUUGUGACAAGAAAUGCGGAGUCUGACCUUGUGAAGAGAAUCUACUAUGUUUCUAAGUCGGUCAAGGAUCUCCUGGAAUUGAAUUUUCAAAUCAGGCAGCAACUCAAGAUAACUUAUGUAGGGCAGAAGAUGUUUGAGAGAAAGAAGUCAAAAGAAGAUCCUUCUGCUUCGUGCAUAUUCCGGAUAUCUUCUGAAGGAUUGCCCAUUCUUCUCCCACACAUCACCAAACAAAUCCUGCAUGCUUCGCCCACAGACUUCGGGCAUCUUUUGCUCUAUAAGAGCAGGAAAUUCACAAAUUUCGUCAAUGUUGAGUUUGGGAAGAAGGCAUCACAGCUAAAGCCGGGUUGCUGUGUGGUCGUCCUGAACAAAGAUGGUGAAUCGCCAUUCAGCGACACUUGGGUGGAUGAAUCCCUGGUGGCAAUUUUAUGCUGGAAGGGUAAGGUCUGUUUGAAUGUGAUGGCCAGUGACGAUGACUGCCAGGAACUACUACAAAGGCUUCGACUGUGUGAAGGAACUGGAAAGGAGUCUCCUCUACUAGUUAAGAAGCCCUCUGACAAUUCAGAUGGGGACGAUGAAAAGAAAGACCUAAAUAUGAUUGAAGAUAUUGGAUAUGCCAGAAUCAGAACUGUCUGCUGACUUACUUGGAACUCAUGGACUGUCUAGUCUGGUUCUGCUAAUUUUUGUCCUACCUAUUGAUCACAUAAGGUCAGUCCUUUCAUUUUCUUAUUUUACUUCUCUAGCCACUUGGGCCAUGAUUCUUUUGACCCGGACACGAUUCGUCGAUCAUUUGCCUCCCUACAAAGGAUGAAUCAUAACUAAUCUCGUCUUUCAUUCAAAAUUUCUGUCUCAUCAA